GGCAAAUACACUUUUGUCACUUUGUCUAUUUUGAUUUUGACCAUGUAUGUAGAUUUCUAGCUCUCUCCUUUUUUUGGCCGAUUUGGUUGAGAAUUUGACGACGACUCGUGGGGUCGUGUACACAUUGGUGACUGGUCUUUUGACACGAGUCGCCUCUCUUCUUCUCCCUACCCAUUUCCAUGAAAACAUGAGCCAUAGCUAACUUUUCUUCUUCAAUUGAAACCCACCACGCUUCUUUUGUUCAUUUUUAAUAUUUAAAGCUUCCUCCUUUAUUGCUAAAAGAUUGAAGAUUCGCAAGUUUUUAUAGUUUCCGUUGGCCUUUUCAGGUGAAGAAGAUUCACUUGCCUUUUCUUCUAAAGUCCCCAACUUUUCAGUCUAUCUCCCAUUGAAGCUCAAGCUUUUUAUGGGUUUCUAGCAGAAGCUCUGCUUUGGAUAGUGACAUAAUUGUCGCUACAGUCUCUUGAAACAUUUGCUGUAACUCUUUAGCUAAGGAGAAAAAGUCAGCUCCUUUGUGGUCAUUCUGAGACAAAUGGGAUUUGGAGUAGGUGGUGGAGGUGGUAGAAUGUUGGAUUUGAGGAUUGUCCAAAAUCACAAGCGUUCAAAGAGUGCCAGCUUUCCAGAAAAGAAAAGAGUUGAAGGAGAUAAAACCUCAAAUAGUUCUCAUGAAGCCUCUCAACGAAUGAAGCUGGACAUGGGACGUUCAAAUGAAUCAAAGCAUAAUCAAUAUCAUUCAAACACGGAGACUUCAUUGAAGCAAGAGAUUACUCACCUCGAGACAAGAUUACAAGAUCAGUUUAAGGUUCGUUGUGCAUUAGAGAAAGCCUUAGGUUAUCGAACAGCAUCUUCUUACGUACUGACUGAAACAAACGACAUUGCCAUGCCUAAGCCAGCUACUGAUUUAAUCAAAGACGUUGCGGUGCUCGAAAUGGAAGUUAUACAUUUGGAACAGUAUCUUCUUUCAUUAUACAGAAAAGCCUUUGAGCAGCAAAUCUCUUCUGUAUCUCCAAAUUUAGAGAACAAGAAGCCAAAAUCUCCUCCUGUUACAACCCCUAGAAGGCGUCUAGACUUUUCUGAAGAUGAUGAUACCCCCUCGAAAACAGAUCAACACACAGUUCCUCUGCUUGAUGAUAAUCAAAAUCAAUCAAAGAAAACAGAGAUUGCUGCGGUUGACCGAGACCAGAUGGACCCCAGUUUUCGCCGUAGUCACUCUCAACGUUCGGCAUUUGGGAGUAGAAAAGCUUCUCCCGAAGAUUCUUGGGGUAAAGCCAGCCGCUCUUGUCACUCACAGCCACUGUAUGUGCAGAAUGGAGAUAACCUAAUCAGUCUAGCUGAACAUCUUGGCACCCGAAUCUCGGAUCAUGUUCCAGAAACACCCAACAAGUUAUCUGAAGGAAUGGUCAAGUGCAUGUCAGAAAUAUACUGCAAGCUUGCAGAGCCACCUUCUGUGCUACAUCGUGGGCUUUCAUCUCCAAACUCGUCUUUAUCAUCAAGUGCAUUUUCGCCCUCUGACCAAUACGAUACAUCGAGCCCUGGAUUCGGAAACAGCUCCUCUUUUGAUGUUCGGCUAGAUAACUCUUUCCAUGUAGAAGGAGAAAAGGACUUCAGUGGACCUUACAGCAGCAUUGUUGAAGUGCUUUGCAUUUACAGAGACGCCAAAAAGGCCAGUGAGGUGGAAGAUCUUCUGCAAAACUUCAAGUCACUUAUUAGUAGAUUGGAGGAAGUCGAUCCAAGGAAGUUGAAACAUGAAGAGAAGCUAGCGUUUUGGAUAAAUGUGCACAAUGCACUUGUGAUGCAUGCGUUUUUAGCUUAUGGGAUUCCACAGAACAAUGUGAAGAGAGUCUUACUUCUACUCAAGGCUGCAUAUAACAUUGGUGGACACACAAUUAGCGCCGAAGCGAUACAAAGUUCGAUUCUUGGGUGCAAAAUGUCUCAUCCUGGACAGGUACACAAGAUAAAUCAUAAAACUUCGAAACACUUGUCUUCAAAGAACAAAAGCAUGAUAAUAAUGAUUCGUUCUUUUCAUUUUUCUUAGUGGCUUAGACUACUAUUUGCUUCGAGGAAAUUCAAAGCAGGGGAUGAAAGAUUAGCUUAUGCAAUCGAUCAUCCUGAGCCUCUCCUGCAUUUUGCACUUACUUCAGGCAGCCACUCCGAUCCCGCGGUACUUACCAUUGAUCUGUGAAACACUUCAAAAAAUCCUUUAAUGCUAUUAAAACUCAAGUCUCUGCGUCUUUGUUUCAACCAGGUUCGUGUAUAUACACCGAAAAGAAUCCAGCAAGAGCUUGAAACGUCGAAAGAAGAGUACAUAAGAAUGAACUUAAGCAUACGCAAGCAGAGAAUCCUAUUGCCAAAGCUUGUGGAGACGUUUGCAAAAGACUCCGGUUUAUGUCCGGCGGGUUUGACAGAGAUGGUUAACCGGAGUAUACCGGAGUCUUCAAGGAAAUGUGUAAAGAGAUGUCAAUCUAGUACUAGUAAACCACGAAAGACAAUUGAUUGGAUCCCUCACAGCUUUACAUUUAGAUAUCUUAUUCUUAGAGAAGCUGCCAAAUGAAAUUAUUCCAAGAUUCAUAAUAUAUAGAAGAGAGUGUGUGUAUAUAUAUAAGAUAUCGCUGUCUAUGUCCCCACUUUCUGAUUAUUAUAAUGUUGUUUCUGUCUCUCUGAUAU